UUGUUGCAUAUCUCUCCCUCUCGCCUACUCUCUCUCUCUCUCUCUGUCCCUCUCUCAACAACUCUCUCGUCUUGGGCGCAAGAGAGGGAGCAUACAAUUUAUAAAGACACUUCAUUUUCCAGAAAAUUCUAUAUAUAUAUAUAUAUAUAUUGAUAUUUUCCGUUGAACUGAAAAGAGUUCUGGGUUUUGUCUGAAGCAAGUUUUGAAGUAAUGGGUAAUCGUUUUAUUUGCAUGACAAAGAAGGAGGUUAAAGAAAAUGGAUCCAAGAGCAAGAGAGUGGGACGAUCUCAGAGGAAACUGCUGGCUGAGGAGGAUUUCUUGCACAGGCAGGCUUUGUCUAUGGCUCUUCAUCAGCACCAGUUGUCUCAGAGGUUCGACGGAUCCAUGUCGCGGCGAAUCGGGUCCACGAGCUCUAGGAGACGCAAUCCCUCUGAUGACCCAUUAUCUAAUGGAAAGCAGGUACCAGAGUUUCUGGAAAACGUUAAAACAAAGAAAUUUGUUCUAAUACAUGGAGAAGGCUUUGGAGCAUGGUGUUGGUAUAAAACUAUUGCUCUGCUGGAGGAGUCAGGAUUGCUUCCCACUGCCUUUGAUCUCACGGGUUCUGGUAUUCAUCUUGCGGAUACAAAUAGUGUUGCUACACUUGCAGAGUAUGCAAAGCCAUUGAUUGAUUUUCUACAGGACCUUCCCGAGGAUGAAAAGGUCAUUCUGGUUGGUCAUAGUAGUGGAGGUGCAUGCAUUUCUUAUGCAUUGGAACAUUUUCCACAGAAGAUAUCAAAAGCUAUUUUCCUUUGUGCUACAAUGGUAUCUAAUGGCCAGAGGCCUUUUGAUGUGUUUGCUGAAGAGCUCGGUUCUGCAGAAUGUUUUAUGCAAGAAUCCAAGUUUUUGAUCUAUGGGAAUGGAAAGGAUAAACCUCCUACAGGAUUCAUGUUUGAGAAAGAACAAAUGAAAGGGUUGUAUUUCAAUCAGUCCACCACAAAGGAUGUUGCUUUGGCCAUGGUUUCCAUGAGAUCCACCCCGCUUGGUCCAAUCAUGGAGAAGCUAUCAUUAACCCCUGAAAAUUAUGGAGCUGCCCGGCGAUUCUACAUUCAGACGUUGGAUGAUCGUGCGCUUUCACCGGACGUCCAAGAGAAGCUAGUAAGAGAAAACCCACCAGAAAGAGUUUUCAAAAUAAAAGGAAGUGACCACUGCCCCUUCUUCUCCAAGCCCCAGGCGCUGCACAAAAUUUUGGUUGAAAUCGCCCAAAUUCCGUAGCUUGAUUAUUAGCAAAUGUUCCUUUUUUUCCUCCCCCAUCUUCCUCUUCUUACAAAAUGCAAAAGGUAGUUGAUUAAUUACAUGGGUUUACAAUUGGAAAGUCUUUGUAUGUAGUAGAACACGGCGGCCCCCUGUUCGCUGCUAUUUCUACUUUACCAUUUGAAACAUGGAUAGAGGAAAGAAAUGUAUUAACUUAUAUUCUCUUGCUAAAAGGAGUUUCAUGUUAAAUGCA